UUUUAUAAUCGAUGCAUCCCUCACGUUAAAGACAAUUAAUUUGGCAAUUUCCAGCAGUAAAGUACAUAAACUAUUUCAAAUUCUUGUGUAAACCGUUAAGAGGGGCUUCCCGAGAUGUUCACGCCCAACACGAACGCCUCCAUUGGAGGCGGCACUGCAGCACCGGGCGCUUUUGCUUUUGGCGCGCGACCAGCGACGACGACGGCUCCUCCUCCGUCCUUCGGAGCAGCCACCUCCACGCCGUCAUUCGGACAAGCCACCUUGUUUGCCGCUCCGGUGGCCACGCCUGCUUUUGGCGCCCCAGCGGCCACUCCAGCUUUUGGUGCUCCAGCUGCCACUCCUGCUUUCGGAGCAGCUCCCGCUGCAACUCCCGCCUUUGGAGCUCCAGCAGCUACUUCCGCCUUUGGGGCUCCAGCAGCCACUCCCGCCUUUGGAGCAGCUCCAGCGGCCACUCCCGCCUUUGGGGCUCCAGCAGCAACUCCCGCCUUUGGGGCUCCAGCGGCCACUCCCGCCUUCGGAGCUCCAGCUGCCACCCAGGCCCAGGGCUUUGGCGCACCUGCACCCGCUGUGGGCACCGUGGCACCAACUUUCUCCUUUGCCACUCCGGCCACAAGCGCUCCAACCACAGCUCCGCCGGCCUUUGGAUUCGGGGCCACAGCCACAACGGCUGCAGCUGCGAUGCCAGGUAGUCUGGGCACCGGCAUUGGAUCCUUUGCCUUCGCCAAGCCACAGGCCACCACGGCGGCUAGUUUGAACUUCAACACCACCACAACGACGGCUACGGCACAGCCCUUUAAUACGGGCCUGAAACUGGGCACCACCAAUGCCACAACGGGCAUCGGAGGAGGAGGAGGAAUCUUUGGCAAGCCAGCUGCCCCGGCGGCCUCGACUUUUGUGGGUCUGGGCGGGAUCGAUGUGAGUGCCACGCAGCCCAAGUUGGGGGACAACAAGCAGGAUGGGAUAAAGAUCAAGGAGACCCAAGUGCCCGACGAGAUAGUCAAGACAGUGGAUGCCCUGAAAGCGUAUAUUAAGCAGCAGAAGACCAUAUCCUCGGACAUUGGCCGUACUUCCACCUCCAAGUUCACCAAUGUGAGCCACGAGAUUACCAACUUGAAGUGGGCCCUGCAGAAUAUGGCCAACUCGGUGGAGGGCAACAAUCAGCAGAUCCGGCUCAUGCGUCAGGAGACAGCCAAAGCGAUUCAAUCUCUGGAGAUGGCCCAGCGCACACAGGACACGCCCGCCGGUCUGCAGUUCGAGCACAGUGCUCCCUUCCAGUACUUUCAGUGCCUGGUGGCAAAGUACGAGCAGGAUUUGAUCGCCUUUCGCCAGCAGAUUGCCCUGACCGAGCGACACAUGCACGCUCUGUCCAAUCCGCAGAGUAUUUCGCCGGAGGACCUGAAGCGCGGCUUUCGUCAGCUGAACGAGAGCUUCAUCUCGCUGGCGGGACGUUUGCAUGAGCUGCACCAGCGAGUGGAGGAACAAAAGGAGCACUACCUGAACCUGAGGCGUUAUCGACUGCGGGACGCCACCAACGUCUUCGAGCGGAUCGAUAAUCCUCCGCUGCCGUCGGUGGAACCUCAGAGGAUUAGCAGCGGUCCAACGCCCUUCUCCAACAUCUCGGCUUUGAUGAACAAGUCCUAUGCGGCGGCGGCCAGUUCCGCCAGCAAUGCGGCAGCCAAGUGAAAAUGGCAUUGUUUUCCCCAGUUUGAAUAAAUCGUUAUGUACAAGAGACUCAAGA